GCACAUCUCCCGCGCCCGGUGCCCACUUUGUUGAUGCUCUCCACUUCCAACCCGCAUCGUGAUGCUUCGCUCUGCUUGACGUCGACUGAUCGCUCGACCUUGAUUUCCUCAACCAUCCUUUUGGCACUUCGCUUCCUCGCUUGCCCGUUUCACAACGAGAAAAGCACCGGUUCACCACAAUAAUCCCUGUGCUUCUUUUCUCUCUGUCGAACAUCUACCGCGACAUUGGUUUCCUUGUAUCCUGCAGGAAUCAUCAUGACGUCCACUACCUCUGGUCAAAUCAACCCCUCGGCGCAGAGCGGCUUUAGCAAUGCCGCCUUGUAUGACAAGCACCGCCCUUCGUUCCCCGCUCACAGCGUCUCAGUCCUGCUCGACGGUGUACGCGUCGCCGACACCCCUCAAGCCACAGUGGUGGAUCUCGCGGCGGGCACCGGAAAGUUCACUGAGCUCUUGGCCGACAGAGAUGAGGGGUACGAGAUCAUCGCCAUUGAACCCCAUGCCGAUAUGCGCAAGGUGUUGGAGGACAAGCACCUCAAAGGCGUCAGCGUUCAAGAUGGUCUCUCAACCGACAUGAAGUCCUUGAAGGAUGAGAGCGUAGAUGCCGUGAUAGCUGCCCAGGCAUUCCAUUGGUUCGCCAACAUUGAAUCUCUGGAAGAGAUCAAUCGUGUGCUACAACCUCAUGGCGCUCUAGGCCUGAUCUGGAACAUUGAAGACUACAACGCACCAAAAUCGCACUCCGCAACCACUUCCUGGGAGCAAAAAAUCCAAGACCUGAUCCACACAUUCGACGACAAGCAACCUCGUUUCCGCCAUGAGAAAUGGCGUUCAGUCUUUGACUCCCAGUUAUCCUCUAAUCCCUUCACCAUUACUGCCUCUGCCGAACCUCUGUUUGCCCUGCCUCUGGCUGAGAAUGUGGAGGAGUGGAGUGUCUGGCUGUUUGAAGAUGCGCUUUGGGAGAGAUUGAGUACGUUGAGUCAAAUUGCUGUGCUGCAGGGUGAGGAGAGGGCGAAGGUGAAGAAAGUGUUCGAGGAGGCGUUGAAGGGGGAGGAUGUGGAGAGGAACGAGAAGGGUGAGGUCAAGUUGCAUGGCAUGACUGUUGCUGUUUGGACGACCAAGAUUCCGCAAAAGGGUGCUGAGAGCUUGUUUACUACUGUCAAGGAUGCUCUGUCUGGUAACACUUGAGCGUUUGUGAAGAAAAGAGUCUGGCUUGGUACGUAGACAGUGGCAUUGAUAGAGAGUGGCAAAGACGCAAGUCAAGUGUGUAUAACAAUCUACAUGCUUAUUGAAUAUGCAGACCCUCUUCAUCUUUCAGCGUUGCGUUUCUAAGGGUUCAGAGCUCAGCAUGUCCCAGCUUCCGUGUGAGUGAGCGGACGGUCCUCCUUGAGAGUACACCGAAGAUGCUACGCGAAUGG